CUUCCUUGUACGCCUAGGGCGGCCGUGGGAGGCGUGCCUGACAUUUUCUAGGAGCCGCGCUGAUCGAGACCGUCCUCUCGCGCCUCUGGCAUUUGGACAGCCACAGGUCCGCACCAGCGCCCUCACACGACUCGCCACUCCUUGUCAGAAGAGCUCUCAUCGAUCACAACGGCCACCCGCAAGCGCGGCGACUGGUAUCGUCGCGGUAGGCUCAAAGUUUGAUUGACCCAGCCACCUGCCAACUCGGCAGCGGCGUCGCGCGCACACACACAUUACAGGCUUUCGGCAGCGCGCUCGCACCGCUGCGCGACGUCGCCGCGCGCGCCCAGAAGACAAACAAAGCGCCACUCACGACGCGCCGCGCGCAGGAGGCACGACAAAAACAAAACAAAAAAGAAAAUGGCCACCUUCGCCGUCGAGUACGCCAAGAGCGGAAGAAGUACCUGCAAGGGCACCAAGGAGCUCAUCCCCAAAGGGGCGCUCCGCCUCGCCAAGGUGACGGAGCGCGAGCACGGCGACAAGACGAUUAGCAUGGCGGCGUGGUACCUGCCGGUGCCCUUCUUCCAGAUGAUGAAGCGCAUGCGCAAGGGUUCGGCCAUCGUCGAAUCUUCAGCUGAUCUCGCGGGCUUCGACGAGCUGAAGGACGACGACAAGGGUGCUGUGGAGAAGAUGAUCAGCGACUACCACGACGAAGACGUCGACUGGCCGCCCAAGCCCGCGCCCAAGCCCAAGAAGAAGAAGGAGCCGUCGAGUGACGGUGACGCGACGCAGCCGUCGCCGAAGAAGGCCAAGAAGACCAUUGAAAUUCCCGACGAGAAGCGCGAGGGCGUCGAGAUGGGUCAGUUGCGAGACAUCGCCGAAGAACUCUCGGAGCGGUUGCGGGGCAUGGGCUACAACGUGCCCGACGCCGACAGCGCGCGCCAGCAGUGCGGGCCCGUCUGCCGCGAGUGUUUAGUUGAUGGCGUGUUAGAUGUCGGAAAUGUCCUGAGAGGCAUGGCGGCGAAGUGGGGCCUCAAGGAGACGAUCGAGUGCGUCGUCGCCGAGAACGCACCCUUAGCUGGCGUCUUCAAGGAACUGAGCUCCUUUGAAUAUAAAAAGGGCGACAACAUCAAGGGGACGGCCUACAAGAAGGUGUCGGCCGCGCUCGCGGCGCACACGGCGCAGAUCACGUCCGGCAAGGAGGCGAAGAAGCUCGCGGGCAUCGGGAAAUCUUCCGCGGACAAGAUCGACGAGUUCCUCUCGUCGGGCAAGGUCGCGAAGCUCGAGGAGUACAAGCAGGGCGUCUAGUUCUGGUGAUUUGUGUGAUUUCCCUUUCCCCCCCU